AUGGGAGCACAUCUGUCUGAUAAGGAGCCAAAUGACAUCAAAUGUUGGAAAGAAGCUGUCAUGAACAUUGUUGGCAAUCCAGACAUAUUUACAGUCCUUCGAAUAACUUAUGACGGACUUAAUCACAUUGGGAAAAAAAUAUUUUUGGAUAUAGCUUGUUGCCUUGUUGGUGAUUUGAAAAAUGAGGCUGUUAUUUUCUGGAAAGCUAUACACCCAAAUGAAGUCCAUACCGCCAUCAAGAAUCUUUACCUGAAAAUGCUUAUAAACACCAGUGGCUCCUCGAAUCGCCUCGAUAUGCAUUCCCUUGUGUAG